ACAAGCGCAUGCUCACACAUAAUCAAUUUCCAACACGAAACUGUUUUUUGGGGUUUUCUAACGAGUAAGUUUUUCUAGGUUUCCUGAUGUCCUGGUUCAAGGAUAAGCGGAAUACAAGCUGUAUAAGAAACUUUUGUAGCAGUGUUCUGAAAACCGGUGAAAUUCCCAAGCAUGUUGCUAUCAUAAUGGACGGUAAUCGACGUUUUGCCAAGAAAGUGAAUUGUGAAAGGUCCAAAGGACAUGAAAAGGGUUUUGAAAAACUUACUGAGGUCUUAGAAUGGUGUUUUGAGUUAGGGAUCCCAGAAGUUACUGUCUAUGCAUUCAGCAUUGAAAACUUUAAACGUUCUAAAGAAGAAGUUGAUGGUUUAAUGUGUUUGGCAAAGCAAAAGUUUGAAAGGUUGCUGGAAGAAAGGGAAAUGAUGGAUAAACAUGGGGUUCGUGUACGUGUUGUUGGUGACCUUACCAUGCUUCCACAAGACUUACAGAAGUCAAUUGCCAAGGCAGUCAGUUUCUCCCAACACAACACUAAGGCUACAUUAAAUGUUUGCCUAGCUUACACAUCUAGACAUGAAAUAGCUGAAGCCGUGAAGCAACUAGCAGAAGGAGUUCAACAAGGUCUACUAAAACCAAGCGAUGUGAGUGAAUCUUUGCUUGAGAAGUGUCUGUAUACUCACGGUUCUCCUCAUCCAGAUAUGUUAAUUAGAACAUCUGGAGAAGUGCGCUUAAGUGAUUUUCUUUUAUGGCAGUGCUCUUAUUCGUGUUUGUCCUUUAAAAAGGUUUUGUGGCCAGAGUUUUCUGUUUGGAACUUUUAUUCAUCCAUAUUGUCAUAUCAAUGGAACUAUCAGAGCUUUAAGCAAGCAAGAAAUGAAGUUGAGGAAAAACAGAUUCAAACAGAGCUUGAGUCAGACUUGCAAUGUGUUUUUGACAGCAUGUUUAUAUCAAAUGGUGCAAAUAACCAUCAAAAUCAUAGAAACUCAAUGGGAAACGAAUGGAAAUAUGAGGAUCUGAUAAGGAAACCAGGUGUAUUUCAGCGGGUUCAGACAUAUCAAGAUGAGAGAAAGCAAAGAAUUGCUAGUUUUCUUGACACCCUGGAGCAUAAAAGAACUGCAUAUCUAGAAAGAAUGUGUGAUGUACUAAUUUGACCAGUUACAUAAUUCAAAAGAAUAUAUCCUAUUUUUUGAGGGACCAAUGAUUUGAUGGGUAUAUAAUCACUUGACAACUUUGCAUAUGAGUUGGAGGUUUUCUUAAGAAUAUAUGUUGACACAUGCUGAGGUGCCAUUCAGUGAGCGAUGUGCUUGUUAUCUACACUAUUCCACACUAUUAUCUACACUAAGUGCCUUCAUUUGAAGACAAUGGUGUGGGCUUUUGGGUGUUUACUUUGGCAACUACAGUAGUACAGUUUGUUGUACUCCCAAAUAAUACUUAUUACAUGUGUAAGACAUUCAUGAUUCUUGUAAUAGAACUUUAUCCCAUGCCAUUGAAAGUAAUGCCAAUCAGAAGCAAGUAAUGUAUUCAAAAGAGAUAUAAUAAUUGUUUCAUAGUAUAAACCUAAUAAUAUGUCAAAUGAAUAAUUACGAAUAAUGUUUAAAUGAAAUUGAAAUAUUUUUUUUUGUGA